AUGGCGCCAUCUCGAAGGUCAGCGCGCCAGGCCGCAAAGGUAGCAUCAAGUCCGGCAUCCUCGCAGAGCAAUGCCUCGCCGAGCGCUGGAGCCAAGCGCAAAGCAGCACCCGAAGCUCCGGGGAAACCCAAGCGCGGCAAGAAAACGAAAGCAAAUGACCAGUCUACCAUUGAAGCUUCGAUGCCAACGGAUCAGUCGAGCAACAAGACUGAUGCGACUCAGGAUGUGGAGAUGAACGAUAUCCCGGAAAACAAGAUUGACACUGAGCCAAAUGCAUCUGAUCAGAAGGGAGACGAGAGUGGCGCAGAAACCGCCCGCAAGGUAGAAGAAAUGACGAAAUCCGAAGCGGAGGGGGAGGAAGCAGAAACAGCCAAUGGGAACGACCCAGAGCCCGCUGCCACCAACAAGGAAAAGACUAACGGCGAGAGCACGGACACAAAGCCCGAGGCCAACGCAAAUGAAGGCUCGAUGGAGAAUGGGUUUGACAAACUGAUGAGCAAAGAUGAUGCACAGCCUAAAGAUACCCCGGAAGCUACAGGGAGCAAAGUGUCUCCGGAAGAAAGCGCCGUCGAGGAUUCUGCCAAGCGUGAAGAGGCCAUACCUUCUAAUCUGUUGGAGAAGGGCAUCAUCUAUUUCUUUUUCCGUGGUAGGGUCGGUAUGGAUGAGCCAGGGAGCGUCAGUGAUAUUGCUCGCAGCUAUAUCGUUCUGCGUCCCCUGCAGCCUGGUGCCAAGCUUGGCGAGGGUCCGAUCGGGGAUGACGGCAACAAUCGCAUGCUGGCGUUGCCUAAGAAGGUUCUGCCAAUGAGCCCUAAAGAUCGCUUCAUGACGUUUGUAGAGCAGGCCAAGCUGAGCAUGGAUGCCAUCAAAGAGAGGCUUUCAUCGUCAGACUAUGCUACCAAGACAGCAGGAGUAAGGCAUACCCCAGCUGCGGCGCCAAUUGGAGAGGGCGUAUACGCAAUCACUCAAACAGGACGAGAAACGCACCUUGCAUACAUUUUGACUAUUCCGGAUGAGAUUGGCGACAUUCAGAAAGAUGUCGGACUUCGACAACGGGGAAGCUAUAUCACCAGUGCUAAGAAUCCCCAAUCUUCAGGCACAGCGAAUGCUCAGCUUCCUCAGGGAGCUGAAUAUCCUGACGAUAUUCAAAAGGAUUUUGGCGGCCGGGGAUGGAUGCCUCUUCACCCAAAGCUGCUUGACUUCAACAAUACGCAAUUCUUAUUGAUUGGGCACGGAGAUGAUUCACUCGAGAAAGCUACAAAGCCGCAGAAUGGCGAAGAAGAGAAGGCAGAGAAGGAGACCCCCUAG